AUGUCAUCCGUACAUAGCACUUGGUUCACGUCGUUCGAAGCAUCGUAUACUCAGAAGCAGUCGGCAGCCCUUACCUUUAUAAGAUGGACUGUCAACAUUUGCUUGCUCUCCUUGUCGUGGUUCGCCUCUGGGGUCACACGUUUUAACGACCUGCUGUCCGAGGUCACUUUCCGCGCCGAUUGCGACAUUUCAUUGACCAAGGAGUGCAAGAUGUUCAACAACAAGCUCCCGUAUUUAUUGUCCCUUCCGGGUCUUGUUCUUUCAUUUGGUGGCUCUCGACCUGAAAUUUACACUCGCCAAUCAACCAACAGCACGACUCCACUAGUCAAUUUUCAAGUUUCUCAGCCCCCUAUUACGCCUAAAAUCGGGAAAACCUGCACUGUUCAACUGUUCCGCCGCACUUUCGCAAACAGCUACUAUCGACCUGAAAUUGUUGAAUACGAGCAUGCAAAAUAUUUUCUGGUAGCCCCCAACGAAUGUGGUGACAUUGGGAAAUGGGCGGGUAUUAGUCUGAAUUGGACCGCUACAUCUCAAGGCCGCCAAUACGAUCGACUUGCUGGGAAUGUUGAGAUUUGGCGCACGUCCACGGCCGAACCAACUACAGCCGGAAUUAUCUGGACGCAGCUUAAAGAUGUUACCAAGUACAUCCCAUUAUUCUCUCGUCCGGGGCGAAUGAUCGUAGAUCUCAAUAACAUUGUGGAUGAGAGCCUCGGUCUCAAUGGCGAAUAUGAUGGCGAGUACCGAAUUGGUCAAACAGCCUUUACUGAACCCAAACACGCACCAAAAUCUGACCUGGUCAUCCCAUUAUCCAACCUCUCACCAGACCAAGCAAAUUAUGCAGCAGUUCCUCCCACGCUCAAUAAUACCGUCAAAUUUCCUCGCAACGCUGCCAAGGCAUUUGUUGAAGUCUUUGCUUCUGGAAACUCGGCUGAAGAGUUUUGGUACUUCAACCUUGCUGACAGCUGGGUUUCUAAGUUACCCAGUGGAACCACUUACGGCAAAGGGGCCUACCGUGAAGUUCGUCUUUUGGUCGAUGGAAAAUUGGCUGGUGUUGUCAAUCCAUAUCCCGUCAUCUUCACGGGAGGUUUUAUUCCGACAAUGUGGAGACCUAUUUCAGCCUAUGGAUCCUUCGAUCAACCCACGUAUUCAAUUGAUCUUACGCCAUUCAUUCCGCUACUCUCAGAUGGUGCCAACCAUACCAUUUCAAUUGAUGUUGUCGCUGGCAAAGCAGCGUCAGCAGACCAUUCUAUCAACGGCAACUGGUACGUUUCUGGCAACAUCCAGGUGUUCCUGGACAGCUCUUCAGAGCCUACUACCGGAAAAAUCACUUCCUAUACCGCUCCGGGCUACAGUACCUCGGAUGUCAAGGGCAUUGCAGCUUCUAACGACGUCAAUGUCACAGAAACUGCCUCCCGUACACUUCACAUCGAGGCCGAAGUAAAGACGGGCAGUGGCAAGACAACCAAGGUGGUGUGGUCACAAGAUCUCAACUUCAAAAACGUUCAAAGUUAUUUGAACAACGCAACCCGUCAAAUCGUUGACCAGGUUAGCUCCGGAAAGUCCAUCUCCACCCACAACGGCAUUCCUAUCAUUAGCGAUGACUACAAUUACCCCUUGAACAUCGACUUCCUGCUUGUGGCCGAAAACAACGCUUCGGGCUGGAACACAAUCUUGGACCACAGCUUCAACCGCAAGCGACUCUCAACUGGGUCAUUCCUUACUGCUCCAAACGGAACCCGCGUUGUCGCUAACGGGACAGCGAUCCAAGACUUCAGCUAUCGGGACGCGAAACUCAAUACCUACCAGCGUCAUGUUGAAGCACGCAACUCGGAUGUCACAUCUGACAGCCAGAACGGCACUCUUACUUCGACCUGGCCUUGGUCUCGGAGUAAGCUUCCCAAGGGUGCAUCUGGUGCUCACAGCGAUUACGUUGCCCGUCUACCAAUCGCGCGCGAUGCGGACAUCAUUUUCUAG